AUGUCGGGAAAUGAAGAGUAUGCAUGCUGUAUUCUUCUCAUUGUCUUGCGACAAAAUUCCCUUUUAAUCUCGGUUCUAGUAGCUAGUAGCUUUAUCCUGGAUGUUCCGAGAGUUGCAACUGCAGAUGUUGACUUCAUUCAAGUUUGCCAAGUUCUAAGUAGUUCUCCCCAACCAGGACCGGCAGCUUUUGUUGCUCGUUGUCUCUAUAUCCUGCCUAUAUUUGGAUCAUAUUGUGAAGGCUUCAGUCAUUUGAUCAUAUCUUCUUUUCAUCGGUUUCUAAAGACAGAAGCCACCACUGGGGACUUUUUGGAAGCAAAAUGUAUAGCCGUGCAGUUAUUUCUCGAUAUUGUUGAGGGUUCUAUUGACCAUGACGAUAGGAUUGCUGUGAAGAUACUUGAAGUGUUUGAUGUCCGGUUGACAGAUAUUGAGAAAGUUGUUUCCCAAUUAAAGGCCAAGAAUGACCAUAGGUUUGACAGUGUAAAGACAUUUGUUGAGCAGUAUAUAUUUGGAUUGAUAGAAUCAGUGUCAUAUAUGACAGCAGUGAAUAUGUUGGAACAUUUCUCUAUCCGCCAAUCCGGGCAAUCUUUUCUUCUCAAAAUGAUAGAAAACAAACAAUUCGCAGCAGCUGAGAAGUGGGCAACAUUUAUGGGGAAGCCAAUGCUAUACAUACUCGUCCAGGAGUAUGUUGAGAGGAACAAGCUAAAAUUUGCUUAUUUGAUUGUAAAGAAGAACGAUCUCCAGCAAGAA